AUCUGACUUUCAGUUGACAGACCAUUUUCACUUUCCGUAGAGUUCUGAAACCUUUCAGCAACGUUCGAUUUACAAUUUAAAGUUCAAACUCCUGAUUUUCUCGAACAUUCAUUCAGAGAUCUAGAGUACCACUGAGUAGACUGCUACGUUCUUACUGGCAAUUAUUUAACUGAGGAGAAAUAAAUCAGCGAUAUGGCAGAAAAACUAUUGACCAAGUUUGCAAAAGAAAACUUUGGGCACACCGAGUACAUCCCUGCUGUCCAUGGUCGUUGCUCCAGCAUUAAGCCCUCUACUCUGAUUAUCAAACGAAAGCGCGCAUGGUGGAAGAAACCAUUCCAUCACUCGGAAAUGAUCGUUCUUUCUGAGCUUGAGAAAUAUGUCGAUGAAAAUUUCAAAAAGUUCUAUACUGAGGUUGCAGAGAGUCUUCUUACAAAGAGUGAAAAGAAGCUGAAGAAAAAAGAAAUAGCCGAAGUGGUGGAGAAGCACAGCGUUAGUCUCAAAACAUUAGACUAUGCAAAGAUCGAAUGUGAAACUAAUUGCAACAUGGGAGAUAUGGAACUGGGCAACAUAGACGAAAUAUACUAUGAAGAUACAGAUCUACGUUCGCUGCUGGAAAAUGCAAUCCUGUCCAAUAAAAAAUUGAGUCCCUAUUCUAAGCAGAAGAUGUACAUUGUGACAGGUGUGGUAUACAGCAGCAUGUUUAAGGUCAUUGGAAAAAGGGAAACCUCAUUUGGUAUUAACGGACAAAUUGCCUUCAAAUCGAAGCUUGGUGGGUGGAUGACCAGAGUCGGAAGCCUGCGUGGUGGCUGUUCUAACAUUAAAUGUAAAGCAGCUUUGGUGUCAAGAACGAAGAAAGCACCGAUUCUGUUCACAAUUAGUCCAGUCGAAUAUGACGAGCAGGCCAAAAAGCUUAAACUUCCAAAUGAUGUUUUUGUGGGCAAUAUCAUUGCUCGUGGAAAGUGUAGUCUUGGAAAACUGGAAGACAAGAUUCAUGAACUGGCUCAUGUCACCGAAGAAGAAACAGAAGAACAAGAGCAAUUGUUAUCAGAACUGUUUCAGAUAGCAAAAAUAGAAGCCAAGAUCGAAGCAAUUGAACGCCUGUUGAUGUCUGUCAACACAAGAGAUGAGCGGGAAGUACUUGUCGUGAAAUUCCUUUACAUGCUUGAAAGGCUUUUAAGCGAAAAAGGUCAAAAACUGUAUCUAGACGGAUGCUACUUUCCUGAGACAGACAGCGAAAAGGAUUUCUUUACUGAGCUCGGGUUAUGCCUUGAUGGAGCUAAUGUUUCUGCACCUGAAGAAGAUCUCCUUCAGAAUGUUCAAGACUAUGGGCUGAUCCUAAAAUUCAUUGCAGCGAGCAACCAGGAGGAAUUGGAUGAACUUGACAAAAUAUUAAUUGAAGGGAAAAGAGAUGACAAAGAAGUCGCCGAAACUCAAGAACAACUAAAAAAGCAACAAGCAGAGGAACAAGAAAUAGUUUGCUGAGUACAUAGAGCGAACGUAAAAUCAAUAAACGACACAAAUUUUCUCUAAAGCAAUGAAAAUUUGGCUUUUUUUAAAGAUUCUACAACCUAUAACAAUACCAUUUUUAAAGCAGAAGUACAUGGGAAAAAAUUAACGAACAGAGAAAAAAGGCAAAAAAUCUGUCUUGUCUAACGGCUCGUUUUUGAUAAUUCUUCCUAGAGCAUUUAUUUUCGUAAACUCGAAAAAUAAAAACAAAAAUGUUUGGGACAACCUUUAAACUAUAUAAGCUUGUGAUAUUUUUGGUGUAUUAAAAAAUAAAUAAAACAUACUGAAGGGCGUUAUAGCGUGCGCUAAUCUUGCAUCCUGUGUGUGUGGCGGCCUUUUGUUGAGGAGCUCGAGGACUGUGAAUCGUUUUUCCCCUGUGCAGAUAACUGCUUCGUCUUUACUCGAGCAUUUGUUGAUGUAUUUGAAGUAAAUUUAUGUUCUGGGCUAUUUACUAGCAACUGGAUUUUAUUGCGCCUAUUGCGAUUAUUUACUAGCAACUGAAUUUUAUUGCGCCUUCGUGAUAAGGCUUAGCAGCAUGUUAUAAUCAGAUUUUCAUAGGCCGACUGCUGUUGUCGAAAUCAGAACAAAAGUAAUAACGACCAUUGAUAGUUGUCAGAAGUCAAUAUAUGUGCAAUUUAUAUGGAUGAAGUCUUCAUAAUUAAAAUGCAGAAAUAAAAGUAGGCAGAAAUGAAAAGAAA